CCUACCGUUGCCACGAGACGGCUGCGUUCCGGUUCCGGUCGGUUGCCCCGGAGCCUGGGUACACAGUUCAGUCCCGCCGGAGGCCGAGGGGUCCCGGAGAGCGGACUCCACGCGCGAAGCCAUGAGCCAGCGGCAGGUGCUGCAAGUGUUCGAGUUGUACCAGAAUGCCCGGACCCGAUUCGUACAGAUGGUGGCGGAGCAGGCGACCAGACCUCAGAACAUCGAGACACUGCAGAAUGCGGGUAUAAUGUCGUUGCUGAGGCCUCUUCUUCUGGACGUGGUCCCAACGAUUCAACAGACUGCUGCCUUGGCUCUGGGGAGGCUGGCCAAUUAUAAUGAUGACUUAGCAGAAGCAGUUGUGAAGGGCGACAUUCUUCCACAGCUUGUCUAUUCAUUGGCAGAGCAGAAUUGUGUCUACAAGAAAGCAGCUGCCUUUGUGCUGCGAGCAGUUGGUAAACACUCUCCUCAGCUGGCACAGGCCAUAGUUGACUGUGGCGCCCUGGACUCUCUGGUGAUAUGCUUGGAAGAUUUUGACCCUGGAGUCAAGGAAGCUGCAGCCUGGGCACUUGCAUAUAUUGCAAGGCAUAAUGCAGAACUGUCACAAGCUGUGGUGGAUGCGGGAGCUGUUCCUCUUUUAGUGCUCUGUAUCCAGGAGCCAGAAAUUGCUUUGAAAAGGAUUGCUGCCUCGGCCCUCAGUGACAUUUCAAAGCAUUCUCCAGAGUUAGCACAGACGGUGGUGGAUGUCGGAGCUAUUGCUCACUUAGCCCAGAUGAUCCUCAACCCUGAUGAAAAAUUGAAGCACCAGGUCCUUUCAGCUCUCAGUCACAUCGCAAAGCACUCUGUGGACCUGGCAGAGAUGGUUGUUGAAGCGGAGAUUUUCCCGGUUGUCCUUACCUGUCUGAAGGACAAAGAUGAAUAUGUGAAGAAGAACGCGUGCACUUUAAUUAGAGAGAUCGCAAAGCACACACCCGAGCUCUCACAGCUGAUUGUUAAUGCGGGAGGUGUGGCCGCCGUGAUCGACUGCAUGGAAACCUGCCGAGGGAACAUACGACUGCCCGGCAUCAUGAUGCUCGGUUACGUGGCUGCUCAUUCCGAGAACCUAGCCAUGGCAGUGAUCAUUUCCAAGGGUGUGCCCCAGCUGUCGGCCUGCCUGUCAGAGGAACCGGAAGAUCAUAUUAAAGCCGCGGCUGCCUGGGCUCUCGGACAGGUUGGGAGACACACUCCAGAGCACGCACGGGCCGUGGCUAUCACAGAGGUGUUGCCAGUACUGCUGGCUCUGUACUUGUCCCCAGAGAGCUCCGAGGACCUGCAGGUGAAAAGUAAAAAGGCCAUAAAGAACAUCAUACAGAGAUGCACCUACCUCCCAGCCCUUGAACCCUUUCUCUACGAUGCGCCUCCCAAUAUCCUGAAGUAUGUGGCUGGGCAGUUCAGUAAGGUGCUGCCUCAUGACAGCAAAGCUCGACGUCUUUUCGUUACGAGUGGCGGACUUAAAAAGAUCCAAGAGAUAAAAGCAGAACCCGGUUCUCUCCUCCAAGAAUACAUCAACAACAUUAACAGCUGUUACCCAGAGGAAAUAGUAAGGUACUAUUCCCCUGGAUACUCAGAUACGCUUCUGCAGAGGGUGGACAGCUACCAGCCGCCUACUAACUGAACAAAGUCUACUUUAUACUCGGAGUCACAGGAGAGUGUGCACAGCAGUUGUUAAAGUGCUUCCUGAAACGCUGAACUAAGUAUAUCUCAGUUUUUGUUCAAUGUGAAAUACCUUAAUGUUUUCUAUAUCUAUGUAAUUCGUUAUAAAUUAUUAGCUGCAAUGUAUGAAAGACUAGUCAUAAUCAUUUGCACGCAUAGAGAUACGCCUAAAGGAAGAUUUAAAAGGCAAUAAAGGGUUUUAAGGUACUUAUUUUUCUACAAAACACAUAAACACAACACAACACACAUAUCCUUAUGACUAGAUAUAAAUGAGACAUGCUGUUUGAAAACCCUUAGUUAAUCUGUGGUUGAUAUGUAAAACGAAUAGAAAAUCUCUUAAUAAAAAAAGAAGAAAUAAAUUAAAAAUUUAUGAUGCAUUAUUUGGAUUUAAAAAAAAAAAAAGAAAACCCUUAGUUAUUUCCUCAUGGGGGUGGGUAAGGAAAACUGACCUGUCAGUUACACAGAAAAUAGGGAGUAUGGAAAGAGGAAAAUGUGACAGAAAUGCAGGGCCCUUAAAACCCCAUGGCUACUUAAGUGCAUUGAUUAACACAAGAGAUCUACAGACAGCCUGUCUGGUUUCCUAAGGAUUUAGGAAAGCCCUCUUUUAUUGCAAGUUUUAAAACUCUUCUUCUCACCCCAUAUGAAGUGUU